AUGUCUACUCAAUCCGGUAUAGUCGCAGAACAAGCCUUGCUGCAUUCUCUGAAUGAAAAUCUUUCAGCAGAUGGCAUCGUCAUCAUUAUAGCCAAAAUUUCCCCUGAUUCUACCUCGGUACAUCAAACGCAAGUCGCACGUAGCUUCGAGGAGCUGGUACAGUUGGCAUCACAAGAAAGAGAACCGUUGUACAUCUUCUAUAAGCCGGAAGGGCUUGAUAAGUACUUCUUUGUGUCAUUCAUCCCCGAUGGUUCUCCGGUAAGAUCAAGAAUGCUUUAUGCCUCGACGAAGAACACUCUGGCAAGACAGGUAGGUUCAAACUCUUUAUCCACCGAACAGCCAUUGAUCACAGAUGCACAGGACUUGGUGGAUUUGAAAAAUUUUGAUAGUGCCCGUCCUGCUGGCCAGAAUAAGCCCUUGACACAUGAUGAAGAAAUGCAAAUCGAAAUCAAUAAGCAACAGGCACUUUUAAGGAAAAACACAUCCGUCAAGUUGGUUUCUCAGGACAGUGCUUCGCCUUUAUCGUUAACUUUCAGGGUCAAUUCUGAGAAACCUAUCAAUGAAAUACUGGAUAGCGAGGGUAAAAAUUUAAUCAUAUUUCAAAUCGAUCCCUCGAACGAAACCAUCCAGAUCGUGCAAUCUGAUACAUGUCCCUCCGUAGAUGAACUGUACAUUGACUUGCCCGGGCCAAGUUACACGAUUUUCAGGCAGGGUGAUUCAAGUUUCUUUAUCUACUCUUGUCCCUCUGGCAGCAAAGUCAAAGAUAGAAUGAUAUAUGCUUCUAACAAGAAUGGAUUUAUCAACUACUUGAAAAAUGAUCAAAAAAUCGCAUUUAGUAAAGUGGUAGAAAUUGGCGAUUUUGUGGAACUAGACAAGUCCUUACUUAUGGCAACAAAUAAAGAAGAUAGCCUCGAUCAUGGAUCCAAUCCAGAUCUCCCAAACAAAAGCAAUUUGAAAUUCAACAAACCAAAGGGCCCAUUGAGGAAAAGAAGAACAUAG